AUGUCGAGAGCAAAGGAAAUUCAAGAAAAGCUAGACUUGCAGGCUAAAUUACAGGUUUCUUUUAGUAAGACAAAUGAAAAGGUUUUAGAAUGGUUAAACCCUGGUAAGGGUGAAGAAGAAGAUGAUAAGAUAGAGAAAGAUGGAAAUGAAUUGAUUGACAGUAGAAAGGCAUUUUUCAACUUACCUUUGGUGCAAACUGGCUCUGGAAUAAAUUUCUCAACAGCAACAAACUUUGAAUCAAAACCAGAGGAUAUAUAUACAAUUGGUGAUUUUAUAAAUACCGAAAAGAAGAUAAACACACUUGCUAAACAAAAGUCCCGUUCUCAACGAGAUUCUUCAGGAAGAGGUAGCAUUUACAGAGUUGCAAAAGAUGAUACAAAGGCCAUGGUUACAUUAAAACGUAAAAUGAGGCAAGGAAACAGAAACAAUAGGUAUGAGAAUAAAAAUGAACCUCAUAAUCUAAAAGGUAAUAAGAAUGGUUAUAAAGCAGAAAAUAAGCCACAAGAUCAGUAUUGUGAUAAUGCAGAUGAUGCCAGUGACUACAGUUCAGAUGAAGAAAAAAUGGUAGCUGAAAGAUCUAAAAAGAAAUCAUUAAACCUGUUAUUCUAG